GCCAGUGGGACCUGGGCCUCGGGACCAAGAAGCCGCUAGUCUGCCCUGCUCACAGUGGAUAACUUUCUUUCUGAAGUUGAUUUUCCAAAGACAAAGGAAUCAUUAGGACAAAUUAUUAUUACUGGUUCAUGGAGGAGAUGCUUCUGGUUUAUUUUGUGGCUACCGCUGUUACUGCUUGGAGUGCCUCACCGAGCCAGCUAACUGCGUGCGAUGAAGCCCCACCUGCCCUUCAGGAUGCAAAGCCCUCCUCUAUAAAGUGCGUGCAGGGCCAGAUGCAGUGGCUCACAUCUGACCUCCCAACACUUUGGGAGGCCGAGGCAGGGGGAUUGCUUGAGCCCAGGAGUUUGAGACCAGCCUGGGCAACAUUGUGAGACCCUGUUCCUUGAAUUGCCCUGGGAGAUUUCCUCAGCUUGUGCUGGAGGCAUGUGGCCCCAUGAAGCCCGUAGUCACCGUUCACCCUGAGAGAUGCUGGCUUUGGGGCUCACACGCCUGCUGCGGGGCAGCCCCA